ACCGGGUCCCCGUUCACAUCAGCCACCAUUAAAACCAUAGGCAAUCUGAGAAAGCGCCGGGCGGCCGCCGGCUACAGCAGCAAAGUGGCGAUGGCGGCGAUCCGUAAGAAGCUGGUGGUGGUCGGGGACGGGGCGUGCGGCAAGACCUGCCUGCUGAUCGUCUUCAGCAAGGACGAGUUCCCCGAGGUCUACGUGCCCACCGUCUUCGAGAACUACGUGGCCGACAUCGAGGUGGACGGCAAGCAGGUGGAGCUCGCCCUGUGGGACACGGCCGGCCAGGAGGACUACGACCGGCUGCGGCCGCUCUCCUACCCGGACACCGACGUCAUCCUCAUGUGCUUCUCGGUGGACAGCCCCGACUCGCUGGAGAACAUCCCGGAGAAGUGGGUGCCCGAGGUCAAGCACUUCUGCCCCAACGUGCCCAUCAUCCUGGUGGCCAACAAGAAGGACCUGAGGAACGACGAGCACAUCCGGAACGAGCUGGCCCGCAUGAAGCAGGAGCCGGUCCGCAUCGAGGACGGCCGGGCCAUGGCCAUACGCAUAUCCGCCUACGAGUACCUGGAGUGCUCCGCCAAGACCAAGGACGGAGUGCGGGAGGUGUUCGAGACCGCCACCAGGGCAGCGCUACAGAAGAGGCACGGCCCCAGCGGGGAAUGCAUGAGCUGCUGCAAGCUCCUCUGAUCCCCCCC